CUCACUGUUCUAACGUUAAAUGACAAAAGUAUAUUUAUUAAAGACAAUUAUUACUAGUAUUGUGACAAAACGAGAGAUCGAAAAAAAAAAAAAAAAACAAUAGAAUUCUUAAUAUUUUAAAGAUGGGCCAUCAAGUAUUUUGCUCUUGUUUUUUGAUUUUGAUACUGGUCACAUCAAUUAAUGGACAAACUGAUGAUUGGUUAUCAACUGUAAAUGCAUUUUUAAAAAUUUGUGUGCAAAGAUCAAAUAAUAGUAAUAAUUCAUUUUUAAAUGUUCUCAAACAAUGUGUACAAAACAGAGCUUUAACAGUUAUUGAUAAGGUUAUUUCAAAAAAUAGUAUACCGGUUAUUGAUGGUGUUAGUUUUUUACGUUUCGCGGACGCAGAUGUUGGGGACACUGACAAUUCAUCUGAUAUGAAUGAAUCAAUUGGAAGAGACAGAGGUAAAACAUGGAGAGAAUCAAUUUUUGAUCGUUUUUCAAGAAUAUUUAAAACACAUGUCAUAAAAAUUAAUAUUGAACAAUUAACAAAUUUGAACAAUACAACUGAUGAUUUAACAAGGGAAAAUUAUGAUGGUCUUGUUGAAGGAAGGAGGCGUCAUAAUAGAAGAAAAAAUCAGAUGAUGCCAAUGUUGAUGAUGGGAAUACUUGUUAUGGGUUCAGUAUUGAUACCAAUGGGUUUUCAAUUUCUUGCUGUUCUCGGUGGUAAAGCACUUAUAUUAGCUAAGCUUGCACUGAUGCUUUCAAGUAUUCAAGGUUUGAAAAAAGUUGCAACAAGUGGAGUCAAUUAUGGACUUUAUCAUGGUGGUCCUCCAGGUCCUGACGGUUGGCACGAUAGAAGCCAUCAUGAAUUACCAUUACCACCAUCUCCACCACCACCAUCAUCAUCAUCUUUUAAUUUUGAUAUACCAUUUCAACCUUAUCAAUCUCAGGCUUAUUCAAAUUUCUAAUUAUUGUUUAUUUAUACUUAAUAGGUUGACUGAGUCUUCGAGAUUGUGUUACGUAUUUAUUCAAUGACUGUGUAAAAUAAAUGUAGCUAACUCAUGGUGCUAUCCCCCACGGAAAUAUUUUAUAAAAUUUUUAUAAAAUUUGGGCAAACUUGUUAAGAAGUUUUUAUAAAAUCUUUAUAAAAAUUUUCGAAUUUUUAUCACAUCCCCCCCUUCUCCCCGUGAAUUGAUUUUUUUGAAAAAUUAUCUCAAAUCUUAAUGAAAUAAAAAAUAAAAUAUCAUAAGAAUUCUGGCUUCGGGGUAAAAAAAUUGCUUCACAACCAGAGAGACUCGGGUUCAAAUCCCGACGAAAGAUUUAUUUUUUAUUUCAUCAAAAUUUGAGUUAAUUUUUCAAAAAAAUCAAUU